CUUGUUUUAAUUGUAGGCUAUUCAUCUUUGUUGUUAGUUAAGUGGCAAAAAACAAAUAAUAGUGUCAGCUAAUUAGACUCCCGAUCUCUAAUAGAUUACAAGAAUGAAAGUCGUAUGCCCAAGUCUUGGACCUGUCCAGUUUGAGAGAAAUGUCAACGCCUACCAUCUAACUGGACACAGCGAGAAUGACAACCUGUGCCACUACACUGGAGUAGAGCCCAAAACGCCGACCUACUCGUACCCACAGUAUGAUGAACGGCUGGUCUGCCCCCCGAACCGCUUUAUAGAACCAAGGAAGCUACCAGGAGAACUACAACGCUUCAACAAUGCUUUUGAAAGGAGAAGAAGAACUAUAUUUGGAUGUCAGCCCUAUCUGCCACCAGCAUACAGGCCAGUUUUUCCUGUUCCCCCCGCUGAGUAUUGGACUCAUGUCGAUAUGUGCAAUCCAUGGAGUUUUUUUGAUAGGUCAGCAUGCUGUGACAAGCCCCGCCCUUACAAUUGGGUGAAUGACAGCUGCCCAACACAGUACUGCAGACCAGGAGGCAAAGCUACCCCACCUUAUGUUAUUCCAUAUCCAAACAUGGGACUCUAUUUCCCGCCUUGUCAAGCUUUCCGUGUCAAAUGUUAAAUAACAAGUUGAUAUAGGCCACUAACAAAUACAUCUUGACUACGAGAAGCCUAAUACUAAUAGUGUACACUAAAAAAUACUCUUUAUGUCUACUGUUAUGUAGAAAAAAAACAAAACAAAACAAAAAUACGUUUCAACUUAAAUUUAGUUUAAAACAAAAUAAGUAAAAAAAAAAAAUCUGUUCUAUCCCGUUUUCGGAUAGCUCUUGCAGGAAAAGUUCACAUAUGUAAUUACGUUAAGGAGUGUACAUUUGUAGUUGACAACUUCAUAAAGAGAAUAGGGAGAUGUUUGGACAUCGUCACUAAAAUCAUUCAAACGCCAGAAAACAUAUAGAACCAAUAAAAAUUGUAAUGACACAUUAUUUAUUUUUAUAAGUGUUUUUGUCAAUGCUGAUCGUUUUGUGAUAAAUCUCAAUAUACAUAAAAUAUUUUAAUUGACUUUCUUUUUAGUUAGCAUGUGUCUAAUAGAAACAAUCAUAUUAAUGAGAUCUCAUACUCA